AUGAGUAGUCCUUCAGCUCAAUAUACUGUACGUCAUGUGGGUAUACCUAAUACAUUAGAUUAUAGAGCAUUCAUUGAAAAGAACGGAGAAAUAGUCUCUCCGUUUCAUGAUAUUCCUUUGUACGCUAAUGCAGAAAAAACUGUAUUAAAUAUGAUCGUAGAAGUACCUCGUUGGACUAAUGCAAAAAUGGAGAUAUCUAAAGAAGAGUUAAUGAAUCCUAUUAAGCAGGACUCUAAAAAGGACAGAUUACGUUACGUGAGAAACUGUUUUCCUCAUCAUGGAUAUAUAUGGAAUUAUGGGGCGUUCCCUCAGACGUGGGAGGAUCCAAGUGUUAUAAAUUCUGAAACAAAAGCGAAGGGAGAUAACGAUCCUCUUGAUGUUUGUGAAAUAGGAGAAACAGUAGGCUAUAUUGGUCAAGUAAAACAAGUCAAGGUUCUCGGUGCUAUGGCACUUAUAGAUGAAGGAGAAACAGAUUGGAAAAUUAUUGUUAUUGAUGUAAAUGACCCAUUAGCUCCAAGGCUCAAUGAUGUGGAAGAUAUUGAACGUCAUCUUCCAGGUCUUAUUCGUGCUACGAAUGAAUGGUUUCGUAUUUAUAAAAUCCCGGAUGGAAAACCUGAAAAUAAUUUUGCUUUUUCCGGGGAAUGUAAAAAUAAAAAAUAUGCUUCUGAAAUUAUUCGUGAAUGUCUAGAAUCAUGGGAUCGCCUUAUAUCUGGGAAAUCUGAUUCAGGAUCUAUCAAUUGUACGAAUACUACAAUUUCGUAUUCUCCUUUUUAUUCAAAUGAAUUGAUAAAUAUUCCUUUUGGGGAGAAUCAUCAGCCUGCACCUAGAGAUCCUUCUAUUGAUAAAUGGUUUUUUAUUUCAGGAGGAAUAUAG